GCAGCUGUGAGCAUACAUGCGUGCAUGUACAGUAACUGUUUGUGUGUAUCUGUAUACCAGAUGCUCGUCCAUGCUGGGUCGUGGGCAGUGUGAUUGUGUUUGGGUGCAUCGCAGCUCGUAUUUGUGAAUGUGUCAGGGCUCUUUUUUUUCCAAGUUAAUCCCUUAAGAAGAGGUGUGGUUCUCUUUCUCGCUCUGCGCUCCCUCUCCUCCUCUCUGUCCCUCACUGUGAGCGCAAUACCAUCACAUGCUCUCACGCUCCUCUCCUCCUCUCAUCUCUUUCUUGUGCUGUUGUUAUUGCCGUGGCCGCUAGUCUGAGGGACUUCUUUCUCUCCCAGCCUGUCAUCUCUGCAUCUCUUCUCAUCCGCUGUUGUUCCUGUGUGAGAUGAGUUCUUGUGGCGAGAUGGGGGAGGCCAUCGAACUCAGUACCAGGGAGCACGUGACCCCGGAGAUGAACAAGCUUCGUCAGAGCCUGAGGAGGAAGAAGCCCACCUACGUGCCAGAGGCCAGCAGACCGCAUCAGUGGCAGGCUGACGAGGAGGCUGUACGGAAGGGCAAAUGUAACUUCCCUGUUCGGUACCUGGGGUUGGUUGAGGUGGAGGAGUCAAGAGGGAUGCAUGUAUGCGAGGAGGCAGUGAAGAAACUAAAAGUUAGCGGGAAAAAGACAGUCAAGGCAGUAUUGUGGGUUUCAGCUGAUGGACUCAGGGUGGUGGAUGACAAAACUAAGGACCUCAUUGUGGACCAGACCAUAGAGAAGGUUUCAUUCUGCGCUCCUGAUCGUAACUAUGACAAGGCCUUCUCCUACAUCUGCCGAGACGGUACUACCAGACGGUGGAUGUGUCACUGCUUCAUGGCUCUCAAAGACUCGGGAGAGAGACUGAGCCAUGCGGUCGGCUGUGCCUUUGCUGCCUGUUUAGAGAGGAAGCAGCGCAGGGAGAAGGAGUGCGGUGUGACGGCUUCCUUUGACGCCAGUCGCACCUCAUUCGUGCGUGAGGGCUCCUUCCGUGCCAACUCCUCCUGCAGCCAGCAGGGCAGCAGCAGUGAGCGAGAUGACAAGCUGCCGGACAAGAAGAAAGACCAACCUUCUGCAAUUCCAGCCCUUCCACCUGGCACUGCUUCCCCACCCGAGGGUGCGGCGUCCCCCAUGGAGCGGCCAGAACCCGGCGGGCCUCAUGCUAUCCCUCGCCGCCACGCGCCCAUCGAGCAGCUGGUGCGUCAAGGCUCGUUCCGGGGAUUCCCGGCCCUCAGCCAGAAGAACUCUCCCUUCAAGAGGCAGCUGUCGCUCCGCCUCAACGACCUGCCAUCAACACUGCAACGCAAGACCGACUUCCAGACAAAAAACCCUGUACCAGAGAUGGAUAUGGGGAUGCCAUGUGACGGAGACAGUAGUAUUAACGCCCUGUGUUGCCAGAUCAACAAUUCCUUCACCAGGCCAUCAGAAGAGCUCUUCUCCAACCCCUCUUUGUCUGCAAAUGGCCCUUCAACCUGCACUGUGCCCCCUAUCCUGCCUCCACCACCUGCACCGAUGCAGGCUACUUCUUCCUGGGUGCAGGCGGAGCCUCCGCUCCACUCUCCUCCUCCGGUUUCCACGGCGAUGCAGAUGCAGGUGCAGAGUGGACACAGGCGCACACCCUCUGAGGCUGAGAGAUGGCUGGAGGAGGUUUCCAAGGCUGUCAAGGCUCAACAGACCCCACCCCCAGGCCCCACCAUCCCCACCAUCCCUGGACCACCCUCAAUGUCGAGUCAGCAGAUGUCCAGUCAGGCAGCCAUAUCAGCCGCCCCGGUGUCCACUGUCCCCCUGUCCCUUGGAACCAUGUCUAAACCUCUCAUCUCUGGCCCCUCUGUUCUCUCAAGUCAGGCCCCGAUGCCUCUUCCACCCAUGUCAAUAUCAUCAGUUCCUCUAAUACCAGGUCCUCCAGUGUCAGGCCCCCCUAUGUCUCUACCUUCCAUGUCCAUUCCCACGAUGUCUGGUCCGAGUAUGUCUGGGGCCUCCAUGAUCCAGCCUUCCCUCCCAGGGCCUCCAGGCUCUCUUCCAAGCUCCAUGCAGCCGUUCCCUUUGGCCUUCGACUCCACUCCAGCCCCUGUUGGAAUGUUCGCCAACCAACCUGUCCAACCUGCAUUCAUGCCCAUGCAGACCUACAUGCCAGGCCUGGCCAGCAGUAUGACCUAUCCGAAUGCCAGCGUGCCUGUGGUGGGCAUCACACCUUCACAAAUGGUGGCUAAUGUCUUCUGCACCGCCACUGGUUCAUCUGGUGCAGGUGGAGUCAUGGGCUCGGGCGGAGGAGGACCCAAAGUGGGCUCACUUGGAACAGUCGGGCAGCACCAUUCUCACCCAGGAGCUCCUGGAGGGUUUUCCACACCUCCAUUCUCUUCCACCCCGCCAUUGUCAUCAGCCAUUAAUGGCCUCCCAUCACACAGCAACAUCAUGAUGGACCUCCAGAAUGGGACCUCCAAUAGCGGCGGCAAUGGUGGCAGCAGUAGCAGCUGGCCGCCAGAGGGCAGCCAGCUAACAGCUCCGGCAGCCAGUGAUUUCCAAGACGAUGAUCGCUUUGAGGCUAAGUGGGCGGCACUGGAGGCCAAACCGACGCCUCAGCAGCCUGGAAAUAAAGCCCCAGCUGCAGCCGCCAACCCUUUUUCUAACAAUCUUCAAAAGACUUUUGAGAUUGAGCUUUAAGCCAGAGUUAGCCACCCAAAGCUGUAGCUCUAGCCCUGGAGUUAAAGCCUGAGAAAGCCGGGCGCUAAUUCCAGCAUCUCUGCUUAUAUGGGGAUGCUGGUCCUUAAAGUUAGCCUAGCAUCUGACCUGUGGCAGCCUAGCAACUUGCUAAAAGCUCUUAUAGGAGUGAGCGUUAUCAUGAUCUUGAUUGCUUUCUUUUACACUCCUGUGAGAGCUUGCGAGGAAGUUUGCAGAUUGCUGGGCUGCCACUGGAGGAUCAGGUCUCUAGCUCUCUAGAUUUGAUGGACGGAAUCCUUCAACUCCACCCGCUACCCACCUUUUCUUCCUUGCUUUCACCUCUCCACUCUGGCUUUACUUUACCUGCUGCAAGUCCCUGGAUGUACUGUAUGUGCCCCCUUGAGGACAUUGUGGGGGGAAGCACGGCUCAGUGGUUUCUUUCUUUAAAAGGGGACUCCAUUCAGAUGCAUUCCAAACACAUGGUGGAGAAUUUAGCGGACACGGCUACACUACAAGACGUGCGGAGGAGCAGCGAAGUGAUUUGUUGACUUAUGAUCAGACUGAUGCUGAUCUUAGCCAAGCACAGCAAAAGUCUGGAUACCUGAAAGGACUAGCCAAUGAUGUAAGACCGACCCUACCAACUGAAAAGGACUUACUGACUAAUAGUAGAGAUUUAUGGCCAAAUUAUUUUAUUUAUUGUAUUUCUUUUUUUUAUUAUUUUAACAAGUUAUAUAUACUUUAAAAAAAUCAAAAAUUUUAAAGCAGUGUUUCAGGAGCUUUUUUCACCCCCUAUAUUUAUUUUUGUUGAACCACAAAGAGGAGGGAAACUACAGGUAGCAGACAGCUAACAGCAGUAGAAGGAAACAUGUAACAGGAACCAAAUAGCAAGGGCUUACAGUGCAGUGGUGUGUUGUGCAACUUGUGAGAUGGUCAGUGUACAUAGCGGCAUGUUUUAUUCCACCCGUUAGUCCUCACAUGUAUACACUCCACUGCUGCUGAGGCCGGUUAAGUCAUUUCUGUUGCUAAUACCUCCCGUCAAGGGUUACUGGGACAUGAAAAAUUGCUUCAGGAUAUCCAGCACACUGACACUCUGGACUAUACUGCACAACAACAGUCCCUUUGGACUCCAUCUUCUCCAGACAAAUCCAAGGAACUUCAACUCAGUGGAAACAAAAAAAACAUACACACAUGCUAUACAACACUGUGCAACCCGUCAGAAAAAAAUAUAUUAUGCACUACAUUCCUUUAAUGUGCUCAAACACAGGGUAUAGUCUCAUCACAUGGAGGAUGACUGUGUAUUCUGCUGCACUCAUUACAGAUUUUGGGAUUGAUGAUUAGAGGUGAAAGGAGAAGAGGAACAUCGACUGAGACAGACUGAGGCGAAUCAAAGAUCUGAGAUGAAUAAGGGAUUUCUGAUGCAGAUUUAUUUAGGAUAUUUGAUUGACAGGAAGAGAAAAUAUAGAACAGAAGAAGAAUAGAUUGCUAGAGGAAAGAGGGAAGGAUAAUCCGUAUGUGAGAGACUGAAGGAGAGAAUGGAGUUAUACAAUUUUUUUUUUAAAGAGAGGGAGGAAGUCUGAAUAGAGGAAAGUGUGAUAAGAUACGAGAAAAGAGAUGAGAGUGAAGGACAGAGUGUGUGAAAACAUUAAGAACAAAGGCACAUUCAUCACUUAGCCCAGAGUACUGUCUGCCGUUGGAACUUUUUGUCUCAAGGCCAAGCCACUUCCAUUUCAGCGUUGUGUUCCUCAACCCCUAAAACCUCACAGACGACACAUCUGAUCAUAUUUCUUACAAAAUGUUGCUUGUUAUAUAAUUGCAGUCUCAUAAAAAAGAUUUGUUCUAAGUAUGUGCAACUCCCUAUAUAGUUCAAACUUCAGUAAUGUCAACAAAGCUUUCUGUGUUUUAACUUGCAGUUUCCGGCAUGUUUCAUAAAAAGUUCAGGUCCGUUCAAGAAGAUUGCAAAAUUAGAGGUGUUUUCUAUAGAAGGGCUUUUUCCAUGUGAUGUGUAGCAAGCAGGUGGUUUCUGUAUGUUCUUCAAAAAUUGUAAUCUGACCAGAGAUGCUGCUGUUAUGUUCCUUGGAAAUUGAAUUGUAUGGAUAUGGACUGCCAUUGAUUAGGUUUCCUGCUCAACUCCCCACACUUUAAUUAGCUUACUGGGUUCUCUUCCUGUGGCAGCGAUCCCGUCUGAUAGCCUGCCUUCUCAGAGAACUUAAAUUUAUGUACCACCGGCCUAAUUUAUACCAUCUCGGGUCCUCCCAGGGAUUUGUCCUUUGUUUUCGGACGAAUCAAUAUUUCUUACCCACCGAACAAAUCCAAAUCGCUCUGUCUGCCCUCCUCUUUCUACAGGACAAGACUGAUUCACUCAUGAGAUCAAUGUUUUUAUU